UUUUUUUUUUUUUUCCUUCAACAGCCAAAUAUAAAAAAAGAACACAACAAUAAUAAUCUUUAUAUAACUCAUAUAUCAUAAUGGCCGCGACGGGCGAUUCUGCCAAGAAGAGCAGUGUGGUGAUCAAGGUCGGCAUGGUUGGGGAUUCACAAAUUGGAAAGACAAGUCUAAUGGUCAAAUAUGUUGAAGGUUCCUUUGACGAGGACUAUGUCCAGACAUUAGGUGUCAACUUUAUGGAAAAGACAAUUUCGAUUCGAAACACAGAAAUCACUUUCAGUAUAUGGGAUCUCGGAGGUCAACGCGAGUUUGUCAACAUGCUGCCACUUGUUUGCAAUGACGCAGUUGCUAUCCUAUUCAUGUUUGAUUUGUCACGUAAAUCGACCUUGAACAGCAUCAAGGAGUGGUACCGUCAAGCAAGAGGAUUCAACAAGACUGCGAUUCCGUUCCUUGUGGGAACAAAAUAUGAUUAUUUCUCAACAUUUUCAAAAGAGGAACAGGAGGAAGUGACGAAACAGGCGCGCAAGUUUGCCAGGGCAAUGAAAGCACCGCUUAUCUUUUGCUCCACCUCACAUUCAAUUAAUGUCCAAAAGAUUUUCAAGAUCGUGCUCUCCAAGGCCUUUGAUCUCAAAUGUACCAUUCCCGAGAUCUCUGAAUCUGGAGCUCCAAUCCUGGAAUACUCUUCAUAUUAAUCCCUGCCUGGUCUGGCACUGGAGGAGGA